AUGGAAGCAGAGGUGUUGAACCCGCAGAGGAUGGCAGACGUCAACGGCAACAACAAAAUCACAAACGCGGAGCUGGAGGUGCUGAAGCUGCAGGAAUUGGUCCGAAAACUGGAGCGGCAAAACGAACAAUUGCGGACCAGAGCGAACGCUGUAAACAAUUGCUCCGGCGGCCCUCCCCAUCUCCAGGCUCCGCUGUCGUGUCUGCGCGGAGGCACGGCGUGUCCGGGUAAAAAUGGCCUUCCGAGUCCGACACAGUCGCAUCCGUGUCCCCCCGGAGCACGCGGAUCGGCGGAGGAGCCGUUCGCGUAUUUUCAGCCGAGCUCGGUGUCUCCUGGCGCCGCCACCGGAGCCACCGCCACGGUUCUGGAUGAGGUGGAUGUGUUGGACCUCGACGCCGCGCUCCCGGUCGGAGAGCCCGAUAGCUGGCUAUAUGUUAGUCCCAAAGCCAAAGGCAGGAGUGUCCUCAGCCCUCUCCAGUGGUGCAGGCAGGUACUGGACCACCCGGGGCCCGAGGUGGAGCUGGCCAAGAUGACCCUCUGCCACAGGCUGGACCAAGCUAAGCGGUGGCGAGGACGCUCCCCGGUCCGUCCAUACAGCUGCAUAGAGGGACUGUUCGCCCUCAGCUGCCCCGUGCUGCCUUACACCAAACUUGCUGCGCCCCCCGAGGCCCCAGCUCCGUUGCCAUCCUGCGCUCAGUCUUUCCUCCAGCCACUCAGGGCCGGCAUCAGUGACCGAGCGCCCACCUUCCUGUCAAACUCCACUCUCCACAACGUGGGCCGCCGACAAGCAGCAAUCAGCCCCCAGUCUUCCCUGGACAGUGAGGUGGGUGUGUCCGAGCUGGAGGAUGACUCCAUCUCUAUGAGCUACAAACUGCAGGACAUGACGGACGUGGAGGUCAUGGCGCGGCUUCAGGAAGAGAGUCUCCGACAGGACUACGCCUCUACCUCGCACACCGCCACCGCCACCGCCACCGCCGUCCACCGCAGAUCCAGCUUCUCCUUGCACUCCCUCCGACGCAGCGAGAUGGACCUGGAGGAGGAGGACGAGGAGGAGGACGAGGAGGAGGACGAGGGUUACGACCAGCUUCCGCCUCCCCAGCCUCGACUGUUCGGCACAGGCUCUAUGCAGCGGGGCGGCCUGCCCCACUCUCACACCUUCUCCAGCAUCAGAGACUGCAGACGCAGCUCAAUGGCACCUCAGUUCUCACUCAGCGGACUCUCCCAGUACUCUGGACCCCUCAGUCUGACCACGGAAACACACACAGCAUACAGGAAUAGCACAGACAAGCUACGGAGAAGCAUGCCCAACCUGAUCCGAGCUCCCAGCAUGCCCAGUGUUCCCAGCAUUCCAUGCCUGGCUUCCCCUGUCAACCCACCCCCCCACGGCCCCUCCUCCUUGACAACGAUAUCCUCCCUGCGGAGCAGCCAGAGCUUUGACUCCUCCAGUGGGCUUGCACGACUCCAGUCCUCCAUUCCCUCCCCAGGCCAGCUCACCCAGCGGGUGCAGAGCGUGGGCAACUUCCCCACCACCUCCCGACACCCACUAAAAGCCACGGCCUACGUGAGCCCCACGGUGCAGCAGGGCCCCACCUCCACCUCCCUGUCCACCUCCAUCAGUCUACACUCCAUCCUUGGCAGCGCGGCGCCGCCUCAGCCCCUCAAACCGAGCAGCAGUUUGGUGCCGCUGCCCCUGAAAGCCGGCGGCAACCAGCCGGCCGUCACUCGCAGCUCCCUCCCUCGCCCGGCCUCCUUUGUGGGAGCGAGCGGAGUUCCACGCGCAGGCAAAAUCCCCACACGCAGCAUGCUGACUCCUCCAAAGAGCCUCGCCGCCCUGACGGCCCUGAGGGACGGCAGCUGGAAAGACGGCUGCUACUGAACCCAAAUGGAACGGAAGCUGAGGAGGGAUCACGGGGUGACGCGUCGAUUUCA